ACUGCAUCGAAAAUGCCUUUGGAAAAUUUGGAAGAGCAGGGGCUCGAAAAGAACCCCAACCUGGAACUUGCCCAGUGGAAGUUUCUGCUUAGCCUCAGCGAACACAAAGAUGACAAAACUUUGCAAACCCGCUUAAUGGAUGCCAUCAAGCAGGAUAAUAUGGCACCAUUUUAUGAAGAAGUUUGCCGGGACUUAAAUUGGCCUGUAGAUCAGAAACUUCUCACCGACAUGAAGGCUGCAAACGAAGAAAAGUUGAAGCUCCUGGAGGAAACCAUUGAAGAUGCAGAGAAAAAUCUUGGAGAAAUGGAAGUACGGGAAGCGAAUCUAAAGAAGUCUGAAUAUCUCUGUAGGAUCGGUGAAAAGGAAGGAGCUAUCUCAGCAUUCAGAAAAACCUAUGAAAAGACUGUAUCUCUUGGUCAUCGACUUGACAUUGUUUUCCACAAUCUGCGCAUUGGUCUGUUCUAUCUGGAUCAUGACUUAAUCACUAGGAACAUUGAGAAAGCUAAGAGCUUAAUUGAAGAGGGUGGUGACUGGGAUCGUCGCAACAGAUUGAAAGUGUAUCAGGGGCUUUACUGUGUGUCCAUUCGUGACUUCAAAGGAGCUGCCAAUUUCUUCUUGGAUACCGUGUCAACUUUUACCUCUUAUGAGCUUAUGGAUUACAACACAUUUGUUCGUUAUACCGUGUAUGUCAGCAUGAUAGCUCUACCACGGAAUGAACUAAGAGACAAGAUCAUCAAAGGGUCUGAAAUUUUGGAAGUUCUUCAUACCAAUGCUGAUCUUAAAAACUACUUAUUCUCCUUAUAUGAUUGCCAUUACAGUGAUUUCUUCAAAAAUCUUGCUGUGGUUGAGGGCUUGUUACGAAGAGACUAUUUAGUAGCCCCUCACUUCAGGUAUUAUGUGCGAGAAAUGAGAAUUUUGGCCUACACACAGCUGUUGGAAUCAUACCGCAGUCUUACUCUGCAGUAUAUGGCUGAGGCUUUUGGUGUUACUGUUGACUUUAUUGACCAGGAAUUGUCAAGAUUUAUUGCAGCCGGCCGCCUUCACUGCAAAGUGGAUAAGGUUGGUGGUAUUGUUGAAACAAAUCGGUCCAGAAGAACAGACUCCAAGCAUUGGCAGUAUCAAGCCACAGUAAAGCAAGGAGAUUUGCUUAUCAAUAGGGUGCAAAAACUUUCAAGAGUCAUCAAUAUUUAAUUAAAUUUCUAUAUAAGAGCAACCAUUUUCCCUACAGCAUUGCAGCCUGUAUUUAUAUACUAACAGAUAAUCAUUUUUGAAUAAAAACAUCAAACAUGGAA